CCUCAACAGAAGAACAAGAGUUAAGCUCCUCCCACACUAACCCUCAACAGAAGAAGAAGAGUUAAGCUCCUCCCACACUAACCCUCAACAGAAGAACAAGAGUUAAGCUCCUCCCACACUAACCCUCUACAGAAGAAGAAGAGUUAAGCUCCUCCCACACUAACCCUCAACAGAAGAAGAAGAGUUAAGAGGUGCUCCAGAAGGAGAUGCAUCAGAAGGAGGUGCCUCAGAAGGAGGAGCUUCAGAAGGAGGUGCCUCAGAAGGAGGUGCAUCAGAAGGAGGUGCUUCAGAAGGAGGUGCAUCAGAAGGAGGUGUUUCAGAAGGAGGUGCAUCAGAAGGUGGUGCAUCAGAAGGAGGUGCUUCAGAAGGAGGUGCCUCAGAAGGAGGUGCUUCAGAAGGAGGUGCAUCAGAAGGAGGUGCCUCAGAAGGAGGUGCAUCAGAAGGAGGUGUGUUACCUUGAGCUCGUCGAAGCGCAGCGUGAAGUGCAGGAUGUGAGCGAACUGUCGAGCCAGAGCCUGUUUCUGCUCCAGCUGCUGAGUGGGGGAGGAGCCGGAGGAGGUGAGGACGCCCAGGAGGAGGCGCAGACUGCCCUCUGAGGAGGAGAGAGGAGCACAGUCUCACAUUUAAUCAGCCGUCUUUUACUAAUCUGUAAACAACCUGAAGAUUACGUGCAAGUUCAUCAAAAGCACCUGAACCCCUGCCUGUGGUUAACGUGUUCUGUUUGCUUUUAUUAGGAUUUCCAGUGCUGUAUUUUGCAUGUUUUCAUUUGAUUGUAUUUACUUGUUUA